AUGUGCGGGUUAAAUUCUCUGGAGUAUCUUUAUUUGUCUAAAAACAAUAUGAGUGGAACUAUUCCAAAAUGUUUUGAAAACUUCAGCUAUCUCUCUGUUUUGGAUUUGGGAAAUUUACAUGGUAGCAUAUCGGGAACAUUUGUGGAGGGUAAUAGCUUGAGUCGACUUGACUUGAGUGGCAAUCAUUUGGAAGGACCAUUUCCAAGGUCUUUGAUUAAUUGUAGCAAGUUAGCAGUUUUGAACUUAGGGAACAACAUGAUAAAUGGAUCUUUUCCCUACUGGUUGGAAAAUCUUGCAAAGCUACGAGUUCUUGUUCUACGAGGCAACAGAUUCUCGGGUCCCAUACCUACCUCAAAAGUUCAAUUUCCCUUCCUUGGCUUGUUAGUAAUUGACCUCUCCCACAAUGACUUCACAGGUCCUUUGCCAGCCAGAUACUUUCAGCAAUUCCAAGCCAUGAUGAAAGAGGAAAGUGUGGAAUAUUAUGAGGUUUACGUGACAAUCACAAUCAAAGGGGUUGAUUUUGAGGUGAUCAAAGUCCUUUACAUAUUUGCAAUGAUUGAUUUGUCAAAUAAUCAAUUCAAAGGAGAAAUUUCUGAAAAUAUUGGAGGGCUUCAACAUCUAAAAGGGUUGAAUUUUUCUCAUAAUUAUCUAACAGGACAUAUACCUCAAACAAUGGGAAAUUUGUCAAAUCUUGAAUGGUUAGACCUCUCCUCAAAUAAGCUUGUUGGGGGCAUUCCUGAGCAAUUGGUAGAUUUGACAUUUCUUGAAGUUAUAAAUCUUUCAUUCAAUGAUCUCACAGGACCUAUUCCUAAAGGCAAACAAUUCAACACAUUUGGAAUCGAGUCUUAUGAAGGGAACUUGGGGUUAUGUGGAUUUCCAUUACCAAAAGGUUGUGCCAAUGAUAUUGCUCCACCGUUGCCGUUGCCUGAAGGGGAUCACUCUGCACAUGUUAUUUUUGAGUGGAACAUUGUACUUAUGGGCUACGCAAGUGGAUUGGUAGCCGGAGUGGCUAUGGGGUAUAUUGCGUUUCAAACUGGAAAGCCCCAAUGGUUUGUUACAAUGGUGGAAGCAAAACAACGGAAAAUGGGGAAAAGAUCAAUGAGGAUUCGUCCUCCAAAGGGUCCAAGUAGAAUUUAA